CACCAAACCGGAAAUACAGAAUAAGUCCUAAAAUCGGAAAAGUGUGACAUUAAAUGAAUAACUUAAUUUUAAGCUUUGCAAUUGGCGUUUAAAUAAUAACAUAAUUAAACAUUAAGCAAAUUAAUUAUAAUACAGCAAAUGGCAAUAUCAAUGCGUCUGUUGUGGUCCACUGUACUUCAAAUCACAAUCCACUGACGUAUAAUACCGUGACUGUCCAUAUUUCGAAGUACUCCUAAUUCCGAUCAACUUAAUGACCUGUCAACAAAACACAAGCUAAAACGACCAUAAUACUAUGAUAAGUAUUUAGAAGGUAUUCACUGCUGUGAAGUGAUCAACAAAUGGCUUCAAAGCAACUGCCCCAGUUUUGUGAACCAGUGUCCCAAACAUUUCAGUUUGGUCCUUGGUUAGUCACAUCAACAAAAGGUCACAUUCUUGAAUCAGUUGGACCAGAAAGAAAAUCAUUUGAAAAUCAGCUGAAACUUCAACAAACACCUGAAAUGGUAUUUGCAAGCAACAAGCUGCGUGUGGAACACAGCCACGGUUUUGGAAUUGAAUUCUCAGCCCUUGAUGCCCUCAAACUGGUGGAUGCUAGUUCUGAUCCCUACCAGGUGGCAGCCUCACGUGCUUGGCAAGAAGCCAGAGCUGAUUGUGAACAUAUCAAGAAAGUUGUGAAUCAGUUUGACUGGACGUACACCACAGACUACAAAGGUUCACUUUUUGGCAAAGGAAUGCACCAUAUGGAGGUAAAACCAACAUCUGAGAGGGUGGACACAGAGAAGUUAAAAAGAAGAGAAAAGAUUCUCUUUUAUGAUGAUAUUUUACUUUAUGAAGAUGAAUUGUCGGACAAUGGCUGCUCCAUUCUCAGAGUUAAAAUUAGAGUUAUGCCAACAAGUUUCUUCAUUUUAUUGAGAUUCUACAUGCGUGUUGAUGAUGUUAUUGUACGACUGAAUGACACUAGGAUUUAUCAUGAGGCUGAAAAAAAUUACAUUCUUCGAGAGUUCACAAGUAGAGAUGAAAAAAUUGAAAAUCUUAAGGUACCCAUUCACAUUUUGACAGAUCCAAAUGCCAUUACAGAAUACCUCCCAGUCAGGCAAGAGACAUAUGAGAAGCUAGAAUUCCCUGCUGUAACAACCUCAAAUGCAUCAGGAGAUCAGCCAUCAUGAUAUGUCUCAUUGUUAAACCUUCUUUUUUUAUCUUUUUUUUAUCUCGGCAUACUUCUAUGUACUGAAAUGUGGACUUCCUUAUCAGGUUUCCUAGUUACUGUUUGGCCUAAAAAACUGAAUACAGAAGUUGGACUUCUUAUAAUGUAACACUGCAACAAAAGUCAGGAUUUUAAUCAACAUAAAUGAAUUUAAUUAAGAAAGCCACUGCUAAUAUGCUGUUAAGAAAGGGUACAUUUUAAAAGAAUCUUUUCUGACCCGAUUGUUGAUAUAGGAUGGAGAAAAAAAUGGUACAUGCAUGGUCCUGACCAUCAGAGCUGAAACUGAUUUCACAGAAAAUGGCCCUUGUUUUAAGAUGCCUAAUGUUUAGCAAUCAUUUCAGUGUAUUUGUGUGCUUAUAUCUGUUUAUGUUCCUUUAAUGGUUUUUGCCAAAUUCACAUAAAUCAAACACUGUUACUCAUUUCCAUGUAAUAUAAUCCACCAAUAACAUAAUUACUAAACAAUUUAUUCCUAUGGGUUUCCAAUGAUGACAGAGCACAGAACCAAAAAGGUGUCGUAAAAGUUCAGUCUAGGAUGGAACCAGUGUAGGGAUAUGAACCCAGCACCAUUUAGGCCAGUCUAGUAGGACAUCUAAUUCUAUAUUAUGACUUUAUAACAUGGAAUACACAAUCUAUGAUCCAUUUUGAAUUCCAUUUUUUGAUUUAUUACUUGUGCACUGCUAAGUAGACAGUCUCAAUGGUGGGUUUUGAAACACAUUAUACAAGAACCUGUGAACAUUGUUUUUUAUUGUGUAUAUUGUGUAUAAAUUUAUAUUUUUUAUGUUACUUUACGUUUUUGAGAAAUAAAGCUUUGUUGCGAGCC